AUGUUUCGUUCCCCCUCACUACAGUCACACGAGACGCAAAGAAGUGCCGACGCACUUCCUAUGCACUACAGUGGCUCAGACACCUCUCGUCGCUCUACUGAUAGUGGCAGUCCCACUGAUUUCUACCCCCCUUCACCCCGCGAUGGGUCCCAGACUCAGCGUGCCUCUGACGCCGGGGGUCUGAGUAUCAAUGAGCGCUAUCCCUCGAAGACUCGAGCCGGCCACUACACGCCUGAGGUGCCUCCUUUGCCCUUUAUUCCACCUGACGACAUCAGCCUCCGGACGACAUUUGCUCGUCCUCUUUCAGACCCUGAUUUGACUCCAGCCAAGCUCGAUCUUGCCUCGUCUCUUGAACGCAGUAGGAUUGACGACUCCCGCACUCAGAGUCUUGGACCUGGACUUCCUCAUGUAUCCAGAGCCCCCACAACCUACGCUCGUAGCACCCCUGCUUUGAGUCCCGUCCCUGAGCAGAGCACUGACAUGAUGUCGAACUCCAGGGGAUUGGUACAUUACGCUCCACCUACCACUGUCUCGCCGGUAGCGCACCAACCGCAGCCUUAUCAGCAGGGAUUCGACGCCUCUGGCAGGCCGAUCCUCUACAGGAAUUGCGUACCUAUUGUGACUACCGCUGCGCCUGAUAUGUUUCGGGAUAUGCAUUCAGCAAGUGAAGUUCUUUCUCGCGAGGGUAUCGACCGCAUUGAUAGAGAUCUCGACGGGAGCUUUUACGCGUUUUCAAGGAGCUUUCCGAGGGGUACCGAUGUAACGGCGCUUUGGCGCCAGUUGUACGGUGCCAUGAUGCGCGCGUCCCUCCUGCCACACCAGGGGGAAGAUCCGAGUCCGAUUGUAAUGCCAAAGAACGCAAGCACAAAUCGAGGAAGAGCAGGAGGGAUGAUCGGGAUCAUCAUUGUUACUGUGAUUAACUUCACCUGGAUUUGGCUCUUUCGGUAA